AUGUAUAGGAAUUUCCGAGCUACAAACGUGUGGGAUGUCGACAAAACAAUCCCAUCGACAUCAUCAUUUUUGGAUUGGAUUUUGUCCCCAGUGUAUGAUAACGAGACAGGAGACCACAAUUCGACAGAUGUUCUUUGUGCGAAUUGUAUAGGGAAUAGAAAUUUAAUUGCAUGCGUCCGCUCCAGUAUCUUUGCAGUUCUUGGAAUAUGUACUGCUGCAAUGUGUAUGGCUCGAAUCGCGAAACUUCACUCGACUUCCCAAUCACAACUAAUGCUUCUUCUUUAUUAUAUUCUGGCUGUUCACUGUUUUGGAGGAUCAUUCGAAUGGCUGAUCGGAUGGAAUACCCAAAUCGCCUUGUUUCUCUCCUACACCAAAGCCAUUUGCCUUCUAAUCGUUUGUUAUUUCUACCUGGAUAUCGCCUCUUCCAUGAUGCAUUGGAGCUCAACUGCUGGAAAACGUCUUUGUUUUGUGGCUCUAUUCCUACUUUUCACAUAUUUCACGGCCUUCCUUGUGAUGGGUUACGUACUGGCUUCGAUCGAACCGAGGCUGGAUUGUAGAGCUCCAUACUGGAUCUGGUUCUCCACCGGACAAUUCAUAAUUGUCCAAAUGACUCUCGUCUCGUUCUGUAUGAUUCUUCGAAGAAUGAAUCGAAUCUCGGCUCCAGUUCAAAUGAGAGCAGCUCAACGGAGAGAUGUUUUUGUAUUGAUGUGGGCUUUUGAGACAGCGACUUUUUGUGAUUUAGCUUAUCACAUUGGGAUGUUUAUGUUGGCAGAUGAGAGGACGGCCAAUAGUUGUUCGGCUAUUUUUGCCCACGACCAAAUCCGUUACAGUAUGCUGAAAGCCCCAUACGAUUUGAUCAACUUCAUCAUGCCAGUCUGGGCGAUUCUCUACGUGUUCCGAUCGAAAGCCAAGCCAAGAUCAGACACAGAUGAUGAUUCAGUUGAGUCCUCCACCGCCUCAUCCUGGUCUUCCAAUCACUCCCGAAACAAUGUCCGAAUCGCUGACGUCGUCACUGUCAGAAACUGGAGACGUCGUUACCGUCCACUCACUCAACCAUCUGCUUCCGAAAGACCAGUUCUUCACUCCCAGUGGAGACAGAAUCGAGCGAUGACGUCUCAGAAUCCGAAUAACCAGAUGUUGUCACCGCCAUCUGUUCCAGCAGCACCACGUCUUCGUAGUGUGUCAUCAGCGCCAAUGAUCCGGAGAAUUAGUGUAUCACAUUCGAUUGUCAGCUCCCCACUCUACAGUAUCCCAGAGGAACAUUUGGGCUCAAUCCCACAACAACCGCAAAUCAUCGUCGGCUCUCUGGACACCUUUUCAACAGUUCCUCUUCUAGAUUAA